UCGAAACUAAGAAAAUAUUCCAUUGAUAAAAAGUGCUCAGGAAUAUGUAGUUAACAGUGAAAAGUUCAUACGUGUUUUGAUCAGUUUAUAGCCUGCUUAAAAUGCAAAAAGUAUUCUUUACUUAAAAUUCGAUAUCUGCAUUAUACAACUCUCUGACAACAGCAAAACUUCUUUUUGGAGGAACAAUAUUGCUUCGAAUAUGUAGUUAUAUUUUAAUUAGUGACGAAAUAUUAGAAAAACUACCAAGAUGAAGUUGGGCUUUACGAUAGAAGAGUGCAGAAUCAAACACCCUGAAUUGACAAACGACCUUUUGGAUGAAUUAAGAGUAUGGGGUGAGCAACGAGGACUUCCAAACAUUCCAGAUGAACAACUAGCUUUAUUCGCUCAUAGUUGCUAUUUUAAUAAGAACGCAAGUAUGCAAUGCAUGGAAGUAUAUUAUAAACUGAAAGCAACAACUCCUGAAUUUUUCAACAACAGAGAUCUUAGGGCAGAAUAUCUUCAAAAUUCCAUGAAGGCACUACACUUAACGGCUUUUCCAGUACCCGAUCGUGAGGGACGUACAAUAAUCUUCGGCCGAUUGGCUGACACUAGACCAGGAGAAUUCAUGUUAAAUAAUGGUAUCAAACUGCUAAUUAUGAUCCUUGAUGCUAGCCUCUACACAGCGGGAUGCACACCCGGUUAUGUAUUUCUGUUCGACAUGAGCGGGGUCAAAUUAGGUCAUUUGACCAGACUGUCGAUUUCCAGCUUACGCAAGUUCUUCCAGUUUGUGCAAGAGGGAAUGCCCAUCCGGCUCCAAGGGAUUCACGUGCUGAAUACAGUCUGGUUCAUGAAUAGGGUCGUUUCUAUCAUCAGGCCCCUCAUGAAGAAGGAAAUCUUCGAAAUGCUUCGUCUUUAUUCUGGAGAGGUAUCGGAAAUCUAUGAAUAUAUUCCUCCAGAGUGUUUGCCAAAGGAUUUUGGUGGAGCGCUUGACAGUAUAGAGACUCUUCACGACGCUCAGUAUACGAAGCUCCAUCAGCUGCUUAAUUACUUUCUGGAAGAAGAAAAGCUUUAUAAUGGAUGGCAUAGUGUUCCAAAGAAGCUUUCUUCCGCCUCUUCCAAUUAUAAGGAAUUGCAAGAAGACACCACGAUCGAGAAAAUUCCAAGUGGAAGAGUCCACUGAACUUGAUGCCCCGACCUUCUGAAUAAUCUCGCGUUUGAAUCACUUUGAAUGCAUGAACUUGCUCCAGAAUCUCUAGCUGCCAGCCCUACCUAUUUUCAGAUAUGGCACGUUUAUUAUUUGAAAAGGUUCCGCUUCGUACAUCGAGUAAAGGAAUCUCAUAUUUGAUGAAAUCGUAGAAGGUCGUCUCGUGCCAAGGAUAAUCCCAGAUUGGAUUACCUGCAACGAUCGAAACAGCAUCUAUCUUAGGUUAUUCUACGUGUUAAUAAUAUUAUAAAAUAAUCAGAAACUAUCUUCAGCUAAUGUAAUUAAACUGUAUUUAUUUUUGCAAAAAUUA